AUGUCUGGGAGAGGUACGUAUAGCCAGUCUGUACGGACCCCGAAAGCCGGUGACUCUGGUAGGCGGAAAGCCGAAAGUCCUCCUGAUGAUUUGAGGUCGAGUGGAAAGUCUGCUGCUGGCAUCUCCGGUAUCCCUAGGUCUGUUGGUCCAACCAGUGCUAUAGGUUCCACCUCUUCUGCCAAGGCAGCUGUGGCCCCAGAUAUACUCACUGAUUUUAAGGUGUGUAUGUCGGAACUUCUGGACGAGAGACUGGCAGUAUUGAUAUGUAAUGUUGACAAUUUGAGCAAAGAGGUGAAGGAUCUCAAGGCCAGAGUGAACGAGUUGGAGCGCGAAAAGACGGAACUGGCCAGCACCGUACAACCCCUGACAGAGGAUAUGAGUACCCGUACUCAUUCUGCAGUGUCUAGCCACGUGCCCCAUGACAUCGUGUCCACCGUACGCCAAGUGGUUGAGGAAGAGUGCAUGCAACUGCAGAUACGGGACAAUGUCAUUAUUUCAGGCAUAGAGGAGGACACUGAGGAGACGCUAGUGGAUGUGCUGGCAUCACUUGUUCCGGACAUAGAGGCAUCAACCUUCACUGCAGCAGACCGACUCGGACGACCAGGAGGUGAUCGACCAAGGCUGAUCCGCGCCAAGAUGACAGCCACCACCAAGGCCAAAUUGAUGGAUGCGCGCUUUGGCUUGAAACAUGGAUCCACUCUAGAGAUAUUAACUGUCCGUAUCCGUCUUGCUACCAAGCCACGUGCAACAGACAUUAGUGUGUCCACCUUGUAUCGCCCGCCGUCUGCCACAGUGAAUUUCUGGGACCAGUUGAGCUCUGAACUUGAUUUAGCACUUCAAACUCCGAAUGCAUUAAUCCUAGGCGACUUCAAUACUGAUGUCCUCCAGCCAACGACUCCAGGAUAUCACCAUCUACAGCGUGUCUGUGCGGAGCAUCACCUCAGAAAUGUUAUCACUGAACCCACUCGUUUAGCACGCACCUGCCUAGAUCUUGCUCUGGUUACAGACGGCUCCCCUGUAGUCAAGGCGGAAGUAGUCUCAAUGAACGGUGUUAGUGAUCACGAUCUCAUCAUUGUCCAAUGUGCCUAUCAAAACCUUGAGCCCAUUCCUGCGCACACUCACAGGCUGAUUCGGAAGCCUGCACCCCAUUCUAUGGAUUUUGACCAAUGUGGCCAGGAAAUCAGUGAAAGUUUCAGAACUUCGGAGUCGCCCACCAGCCUGGACGGUCAAGUGAAGCAAUUGUCCACGUGUUUGAGACAUGUUCUGGACAGAAAUGCCCCGAUCACUCAGCUCAAGGUGUCUGGAUUUGGCAGGCCUCGUCGGCAACCAUGGGUUACGCCACACUUGAAAAAGCUUCUUCAGCUUCGAAUAAACUUGCACAGGAAAUUACGAAGGAACCCAACCGACGGCCCCCUCCUCCAGCAGUACCGGGCAGCACGGCGCGAGGGAACCAUCUUGAAUAAGAAACUCAAAACAGAAUACUGCGUGAAGGCAUUCAACACCCACAAACGGAACCCCAGAGCCCAGUGGCAAAUCCUGAACAAGCUUGCAGGACGAGAAAAAGUCAAAUCACUACCUAAGGCGACUAUAUCCGACCUGACAGCCACAUUUGCAACCGUAGUUUGUGAUCCUGCAAGACCGUCUGAACUUGUUCUACCCAGCCCACCAGUCGACAUUCCCACUCUCGACGAGUUUACGCCAGUCACACUAGAGUAUGUUGAAGAUGUCUUGAAGUCAUUGAACAGCCACAAAGCACAAGGUUCCGAUGAAAUACCACCAUGUCUCCUCAAAGGAUGCCGCACAGAGAUCGCUGGCCCACUCACCGCUAUCAUCAAUAAGUCUCUGCAUACAGGCCAAGUUCCAAGUAGUUUUAAGCAUGCACACGUGUGCCCACUCUACAAAGCUGGCGACGCAACUAUUGGCUCCAACUACCGACCAGUGUCACUUUUGCCAGUGAUAUCCAAAGUGCUUGAGAAGGUAGUACACCGACAACUUGUUGCAUUCUUCGACAAUCAUCCGGAACUCGGUGCACUACCGGAGGAGCAGUUUGCUUACAGGCGCAAUCACAGCUGUGAAGACCUUUUGGCGUAUGCAAUAAACGACUGGCAGCUGGCCUUGGACAAGAAGCAGCUGUGUGGAGCCAUGUUUGUAGACAUGAGCAAGGCCUUCGACCGCGUUCAGCAUAGCAAGCUCGUGCAGGAACUGGCUUCAGUUGGCGUCGGAGGUGUGGCAUUGCGUUGGUUCGCAGACUACCUUACUGGGAGAACCCAGCAGGUCGUUGUCGGCGAUGCCCGAGGCAGUACAGAGCCCUGCUCACGUGGUGUACCACAAGGCUCCGUGUUAGGCCCCUUACUUUUCUGCAUUUAUAUCCGGCGUACCCCUCAGAAAUUUCAACAUUGCCGUGCUCUCCUGUUUGCGGACGACAUCGCGUUCUACGUCAUUGGUCGCAAGGCUUCAACCGUGCUCAGAAUGCUGCAGACAGAUCUCUUGAAUCUGGAUGACUUCCUCAGCGAGCGGGGACUGGUGCUGAAUCCCAAAAAGUCCCAGCUACUGCUGCUCAGACGACCUACUGCGCAACUGGACGUGAUCCCCAGCAUCACCUGCAAAGGCACCUCCGAAUGA